AUGUCCGAAAAAUUGGUUUAUUGGAACCAAAGUCAUGAUUUCUGUGAAUGGAAUGGAGUAACAUGUGACAAUAAGGCACAUGUUAUAGCUCUUGAUCUUAGUGAAGAAUCCAUCUCUGGAGGACUUGACAAUUCCAGCAGCCUCUUCAACUUGCAAUUUCUGCAAAAUUUGAACUUGGCUUAUAAUGAGUUUGAUUCUGAGGUUCCUUCGGAGUUGCACAGGCUGAAAAACUUGAGGUAUUUGAAUUUGUCAAAUGCAGGUUUUAAGGGUCAGAUUCCAAAUGAGAUAUCUUAUCUGAGAAAGCUAGUUUUUCUUGAUUUAUCAACCUCACUUCACACCACAAAACUUGAAGAGACAAAUAAGGCAAAGUUCUUGCAGAACCUCACAGAAAUUAAAGAACUAUAUCUUGAUGGUGUGAAGAUGUCUAUUAAAGGAAAGGAGUGGGGCCAAGCACUAUCUUUACUACAAAAUCUUCAAAUUGUUAGUAUGUCUUCUUGUUUUCUCCUUGGACCUAUUGAUUCAUCACUUGUAAAGCUUCAAUCUCUCUCAGUUCUUCGGUUGAACAAUAAUAAUUUCUCAAGCUCUGUGCCUGAGACCUUUGGUGGUUUAACCAAUUUAACCACCCUGCAUCUUAGAAAUUGCAAUUUGAUUGGGAUGUUCCCAAAACAAAUCUUCCAGAUAUCCAACUUGCAAGUCCUUGAUUUGUCAGAUAAUCAAAAUCUUCAAGGCUCUCUACCAUAUUUCCAGCAUAAUGUAUUUCUACGCUCAUUGAACCUUAGUCAUACAUGUUUUUCAGGGCAACUACCAACUUCUAUUCACAAUUUGAGGAUGGUGUCUUCAUUGGAUCUGUCAAACUCCAAAUUCCAUGGUAGGCUUCCCAGUUCUAUUUCAGAACUGACUUCACUUGUUCAUAUAGACUUGUCAUUCAACAACUUCACUGGUUCUCUUCCAUUUUUCAAUAUGUCAAAGAAUCUUUCACAUCUGUCUAUCAGUAACAAUGGCUUGGAGGGUGAAGUUCCAUCUUUUUAUUUCAAGGGCCUUGAAAAUCUUGUCUUCAUUGAUUUAGGUCGCAAUUUUCUCAAUGGCAGUGUUCCAUCAUCUCCUUUUACACUUCCAUAUUUGCAUGGACUGAGUCUUUCUCAUAAUAAAUUUGAGGGUCUAUUGGAUGAAUUUCCAAAUGCUUCUUCUUCCCCAUUAGAGUUCCUCGAUAUCAGUGGGAAUAAUUUACAAGGGCAUAUUCCUCUGUCUAUCUUUCAUCUCAAAAAACUAAGUUUCAUCGAGUUUUCCUCAAACAAGUUCAAUGGAACCAUACACUUGGAUAUGUUCAAAAGCAUGCAAAAUUUGGUGACAUUAGAUCUCUCUCAUAACAACUUGCUGGUUAAUGGAACUUUAGUUUCUAACCAAAGUCAUCAGUCACCAUUCCCUAAAUUGAGCAACCUCAUGUUGGCUUCUUGCAAGUUGACAGAGUUUCCAAGAUUUCUCAGACAUCAAUCCAAUUUGUUGUACCUUGACCUAUCUAGCAACCAAAUUCAAGGAACAAUACCUAAUUGGAUUUGGAGGUUUCAUUCAUUGGUUUUCUUAAAUCUUUCCAACAAUUUUCUAACAGAUUUGGAAGGUCCUUUUGAAAACAUUAGCUCCAAUUUGUUUUCUCUUGAUCUUCAUUCCAACCAACUCAAAGGCCCAACUCCCAUACUUCCAAAAAAUGUGUUCCAUUUGGACUACUCAAGCAAUAAGUUCAGCCUAAUUGACCCACCAGAAAUUGGUAACCAUAUCCCUUUCGCAACUUCUCUCUCCCUUGCAAAUAAUAAUUUUCAGGGGAAAAUCCCAAAAUCCCUCUGUAACAUGUCUUCACUUCGGAUGCUUGAUCUUUCUGAUAAUCAAUUCAAUGGUUCCAUUCCUGAGUGUUUGAUAAGAAUGAGUUCGACUCAUAGGGUGUUGAAUCUAGCUGGAAACAACCUCACAGGCCAUAUUUCAGACACAUUUUCAACUUCUUGUGCCCUCCAAUUCUUGGACCUGAAUGAAAAUUUCUUGAGUGGGAACAUACCCACCUUAAGAGUCAUUAUUCUCAGGUUAAAUCGAUUUUAUGGGAGCCUUGAAUGUCCAAAUAGCAAUGGAAAGUGGAAGGCACCUCAAAUUAUUGAUGUGGCAUCAAAUAAUUUAAGUGGUGCUUUACCUAUUGCACUUUUGCAAAGUUGGAAAUCAUUGAUGAUGCCUGAUGAAGAUGACGGCAAAUCAAAGUUGGGCCAGUUGUAUAUUGACAUCUAUGACAACAUUAAUCUCAUGGACGUCAACGCUGGAAUAUCCUCUGUGAACAAAGAUCUUGCAUCGAAGCUAGCCAAAAUUAUAUCAACAGAAUCACAAUUUGUGAUCAAUAGCAUAUUCUUUGAUGUCAAUGCAUAUGAUUUUGGUCGUCGUAGUUACUUGGAUUCAGUGACAAUUGUCAACAAAGGAAUACAACAAAAGUUCGUCAAGAUUUUGUUCACCUUUGCUUCCUUGGAUUUCUCAUCCAAUCAUUUUGAAGGGCCAAUACCAGAGGAAAUUAUGAAUUUCAAAGCACUUCUUGCUCUUAACUUGUCAAAGAAUGCUUUUUCAGGCAAUAUUCCUUCAUCUGUAGGAAACUUGAAGCAUCUUGAAUCAUUAGACUUGUCAAUGAACUCUAUCAGUGGAAGAAUUCCAUUAGAACUCGCAAGUCUAAAUUUCCUUGAAGUUCUCAACCUAUCCUAUAAUCAUCUGAUAGGGCCAAUCCCAACGGGUACUCAAAUUCAAUCAUUUGAGGCUGAUUCCUUCAAAGGAAACAAUGGUUUAUGUGGGCCUCCAUUGAUACAAAAUUGCAAUUUUGAUGAUGUGCCAGGAUUGUUGACCCCGACAACAUCUGAUGAAUCAAAUCAUGGCAAUGGCAUCGAUUGGAAUUUCUUAAGUGCUGAAUUGGGAUUUACUUUUGGCCUUGCUACUAAAGUUGAUUGGCAACUCUAUCCACCGUCGUCGCCUUUGUUUAUUGUGGAUCAGCUCCUGCAACAUCAUCUACAAAACCAUAGUCGGGUUCCACAAAUCCGUGUAAAUGUAACUGAAAUCUCAGGGUUUGAAGAUGAUCAUGUUGAUUUGGUUAGGAAUAUGGAAAUAACGGAGGCGAUUACAAGAGUGAAAACCACGUCCCAUAUGCAAGGAGGAGUUCAAAUUAGGAGGAGAUGCAGGCAAAUUACCUUGUGA